AUGGCAGGUCCUGGGUUGUCAUUCACGGAGACUACGCUUGGCAGCAGCGCGGCAUCUGUCAACCAGGACAUAAGCUUUGGACGACUGCUUCUUGGCUGCUCCGGGCCAGCCAAUGACAAAGGAGAAGAGGCAGCUGCCAAGCUGGAAAUCGGAAGCAAUGUGCAGUGGCGGUUGACGCAGGCAAAUCUCCAAGCGGGUGGAAGAAGUCUUCUGCGAAUUGGGGGUCCAGUGAGUUUGGGCAGCACGCUUUCGAUUUCAGGUCCCGAGGGCAUCGUGCAGCUGGAGAAUGUCAGUGUUCCCUCUUUGGUGGUCAACUUGGGUGGUGGCUACUUGCAUCUGCGUGAUGUGGACUUUGACACGGCUAGGUUCACUUUGGCAGACACGAGCCUGUACAUGCAUGCUGGAGACAAUAUGCCCGGCUUCGAUCUGACGGUCAGGUCUGUGUCAGAUGGUGUUGAUGAUGACCUGCUGGUGCAGAGCGAAGCGAAGGCUGAACUCUGCAUGUCAGCCACAUCGGGCGCACCUCAGGGAGGUCCUGUGACGCUCCUGAAAAAAGGCACCGCGCAGCAGACAUAUCGAUUCGGGAACGGCCCUCCCUACCGCUCUGUGAGCGUGACGCGUGACGUCAAUGCUCCGGACAAUCGCCUGUUUGUGUCGCAUGGUGUUGUCCGGUCGGAGCGAAGCUGCAACAACACCCUUGACACUCUCAAGGGCGAGCGUGUUGUCCAGCUUGGCCCAAGCUUUACGAAUUGGGCUCAGAUGAUGGCAGAUCGACAGGUGGAAACGCUGCGGCUGCAUGUGGUUGGUCCUGCUUUGGGAAAUUUCCUGCAAGACAUGAACUCCAGAGGCUCCUGGAUCUACUCCCGCUACGGCAACACGCUGAUGUGGUUUCCUCUCUUGCUCUUCCCUGUUUUCACGGCCGGAAUCUACGCCCCUGAGACAGUGCGUCAUGCGGUGCUGAUCAACUCCGGGCUUUGCCUCACAGAGGAGCAGCGUCUUCUGGUGCAGACCCCCGACUGUGUAGACCAGGAGCCCACAACUCUGAGCCUGCGGGUCAUGGCUCUGGAAGACAGUCUGAAAGCUCUUCUGCAAAGCCUUCCGAGUGCGCUGCUUGCUCCAAGUGUGCCGAACAGCCAAGUGGUGUACAUUGAGGGCCAGCAAGAGAACAAGACAGAGGUCUUCUUCCCGUCCUUUGCUGACGGGGUUGUGGAAACUUUCUCGUUGACACGCGGGAAAUAUGUUCGGCAGGUGCAAAACAAUCCUUCUCUCCUUCGCGGCCUGCUCGGCCUGUUGUUUCUCAUAGCAAUCUUCUUCUUGGCGAUCAUGGGCGCUCUGUUUGGCUCGCAGGUCUUCUUUGUCAUCUACAAUCUCGAGAAAGGAAGGUUCAGGAGAGUCAAGAGCAGGUUGUUGAAGAAAAAGUCCAAGGAUGCAGAGAAAGCAGAUGCCAGCCACUUGCAAGAAGGCGCCGAGAUGCAGGAGCUGCUCAAGCUGGAGGCACAGUCGGCUGGAGCGCUGGCCAUUCUCGAGUACCUCGUGUUCCGAGUGCCGGCUGGCUUCAAGGACCUUGGCUCCAUGGACUUGUGCAAGCUUGCACUGCUGCAAUUUGUAGCAAUGCAACUUCUGGUGCUGCCCUUUGCGGCUGCGGCUUAUCAUCACUGGCUAUCUGAAGAGGAGAUGGCCAAGCAGCUUUGCUCAUUCACGGACUACGUGCACGGGGAGUGCUUUGUGGUCAACCCGGGCUUGUCUUCGGGCCUUCUUAUUGCUGCCAUCGUAAUGGAAGCGCUGCUGUUGAUCAACACACUCUUCGAGUAUAUCUUGCGCUCGGAGCAAGUCAGGUGGGUGACCAGCGAGGUCCCCGCUCGAGGUCGACACCUUGCGCUCUUGAAAGUGGGAAGCAGCUGGAUCUAUGUCCUUGUGGUUUGCAGCACCAUGCUGCUCGGGGUGGCCCUGUGUCUGAGCUAUGUCGGGUUGGUGUUGCUCUUCGUGGCGCUGUCUGCGCUCUUGAAGCCAGCUGUCAUGGCGCCCGUGCUUGCCAUGUUGGCCAGUGCCUGCUGUGUUGCCCAGCUGGUGACCGUUCAGAUGAAGGAAGUGGUGCUGAAGGCCAAGGCGUGGGUCCGGGACCUGGUGCACAAAUCCAAGGAGGAGCUGAUGGAGUUGGAAAAGGAGUUCGGCAAGGUCCCGGAUGAAUCUGGGACCGACGAGAAGCCCGACCAUGCAAAGACAGAUUCUGAUAUCAGCCAGGAUCUGAAAGAUAUCGAAGAUCACCUCCUGGUACUGCUGGGACUCAGCCGGGGUCAGUUGCUUCUGCUCCAGGUGGAAGCCGUGCUGCUUUUUCUAGGCGUGGGUGCCUUCCUGCUGGUGGGUGUGAUGCUUUUCCUGGGACCGGAUGCCUGGAUCGCACAGCUCAGUGCCAACGCUGCAACCCUGGGCGCUGCUGUUGUAGCCAUCCAGUCGCAGGUUGGCAAGGUGAAGAACCGCGAUUUUGCCAAGAUGCAGAAGAUCCUCGAGGAAGCUGCGGCAGGACUGAAGAAAGACAAGAAAAAGACGCAAUGA